AUGAAAAGAAUCAACCAAACCACUAGGGUUACCAAGUUUAUCCUUGUGGGUUUCUCCAGUCUUGGUGAGCUGCAGAUGCUACUCUUUGUGAUCUUUCUGCUUCUCUACAUGACAAUCCUAUUGGCCAAUGUCACCAUCAUGACUGUGAUCCGCUGUAGCCGGUCCCUUCAUACCCCUAUGUACGGCUUCCUCUUCAUCCUCUCCUUUUCUGAAACCUGUUAUACCUUUGUCAUCAUUCCCCAGCUCCUGGCCCACCUGCUCUCCAUCACCAAGACAAUCUCCUUUGUGGCCUGUGCCACCCAACUCUUCUUCUUUCUAGGCUUUGCAUGCACCAACUGCUUCCUCAUUGCUGUGAUGGGCUAUGACCGUUAUGUAGCCAUCUGCUACCCCCUGAGAUACAUGAUCAUCAUGAACAAGAGGCUGGGUCUAGGACUGAUAUCUGUGUCUGCUGCUACAGGAUUCUUCAUUGCCCUGGUGGCUACCAACCUCAUCUGCGAAAUGCCUUUCUGUGGCCCCAACAGGGUCAAUCACUAUUUCUGUGACAUGGCACCUGUUAUCAAACUGGCCUGUACAGACACUCAUGUGAAGGAAUUGGCUCUAUUCAGCCUCAGCAUCUUGGUCAUCAUGGUUCCCUUCCUGCUUAUCCUCAUAUCCUAUGGAUUCAUUGUCAAGACCAUCCUUAAGAUCCCAUCAGCUGAAGGGAAGCGUAAGGCAUUUGCCACCUGUGCCUCCCAUCUCACUGUAGUCAUUGUCCACUAUGGAUGUGCCUCCAUUAUCUAUCUUCGGCCCAAAUCCAAAUCUGCAUCAGACAAAGACCAGCUGGUGGCAGUGACCUACACUGUAGUGACUCCCCUGCUCAACCCCCUUGUCUACAGCCUGAGGAAUCAGGAGGUGAAGGCAGCACUGAAGAGGGUCUUUUGGAGGCCAGUGUCUGCCAAGUUGAUCUGA